AUGUCUAUAGCAAUCACCCGCAUUGGGCCUGCUAUCAUGCCUAUAUUUGCUGGAACCGGAAGUGCCACUCCAGGAGAAUGGGAACAGGAAAGGACGGCCCUCUAUGCGGUUGUGAAACAAGUCACGGAGAUAGCAGCCCGACUCGAUCGAGAGAUCAGUCGCAUGAUAUAUACAGAGCUCAAAGCUGCCCACGGCGAGGUUGAAGAAACCCUGGAUACCAUGGCUACUGCCGCGGAGCCCCAAGCUUCGAAUGCAGAAGUAUCAGCCACUCCAGCCAAGACAGCGCCUUUAUUGAGCGAAUCAGAUCGUGCAACAUCAUUUAUUCCUUCACCCGGCUCCUCGAAGAAGACGCAGCGCAAUGUGUCAUCGAACUCAGCUUUACGAACCCCUGCCACUCAAGGCAGAGUCUCGAACUCAACAGCGACGGCAGGCUUGGGAGGCAUGGAACUUGAUAACAACAUCAUGCGGCUGCUAAGCAAAGAGGUGGAGGAUAUGGUCAUUGAGAAGAAUAUCAAACGCCAUCCCAUGCUCGCAAGGAUAUGGAAUGAAGCCGUCGGUGCAGGCCGCAUUGCAUUUGAAAGGGAGAGAGAAGCCAAGUUAUUUGGUGCACAGCAGGCCCAUCAACCGGUAUCGCAAUCUCAGACUACCACGGCCGUGGAUAUAUCCCAACAAUUACAUCCGUUCCCGAAUAGCAGAACAUCUGACAAUGAUAGCGCUUGGAAGUCAAGUUACAUGCAGAGAAGAGCAAGAAGCGAAGAGCACUCGGCUUCCCCUCCACCAAAUCUCUCAAAGCCAGCAUUAGGGCCAAUAUCCGGUAUCACAAACACUCCCCCACCCUCAGCUUUACGCAAUCUCUCGCGUCAAGGUUCUGAUGUCGAGCGCCUCAGUCAUACACGAUGGUCAUCUGCAUCGUCGUCGUAUAGCGGACUUCCUCGUACUGGAUCGGAUUUGGCAAAGCGAGUGGAUGCAGAAAGAGCGAGAUUGCUGCGGGAACUAGCGUCUGACCAGCUAGCUUCCUCACCCGGACCAGACCUGAAUCUCACUGGUCGACCGAAUGGUCUAUUACAGCAACACCACCAUCAUAGACUUAGUGCGGGAGACCCUUUUCCUGUCCUCCCCAAGGCGUUAGAAACCCCUUCACCUGAGAGCUCACGAUCUGAUCUAGAUCCUAUCGUAGGAGCUAUUAGGAGUCGAUCCAUGUCUUUG